UUUUCUAUGCAGGGCGGCUGGUGAUGUCCCACAGAGAGACACUUUACGACUUUCCUCUUCACUCAUCUCAUGUGGACUGUGGUUCAUUUUUUAAAACUUACAUUUGGAUAUAAUCAGAGAAAUAAUCAUCCGCACACAUAUUUUUCAUUAAUGAAUGUUAUGAGUUUGCAUCAGUUUUACAGCAACAUAUAUAUAAAUAUGGUCAAUAUAAAACCACAGAACACAAGACACAAAUGCACAUUUACACAAGCGGGAAAAAAUAAUUCAAUUACAUCAUAAAUAAAUGACUAUAAAUCAACAGUCAGCUACAUGAUAUAUAAGUCAUACAUUUCACCUGUUUUAUCUUUAUGCAACUGUCUUCUAUCUAAACUUAUUUUAAGCAUAUUUUCUUUUUAUAUAGAGUAACAAAUUGUGAGCAAAAUGAAAUAAUGAAUUAAGAAAUGAAAGAUACAGUGACCUUUCUAACUAUGAAAAGUUAAAUAAUUCAAAUGUAUUAAUUUCCUGCAGAGGCCUUUAAUCCUGCAGGAACCUCGUUUCUCUUUCUUUCUUUUGUAAAGUUGAUUUAUAAGCUUUCUCAUUGAGGAUGUUUUUAUUUUGAAAGUCCUGCCUGGAUAUGCUGUUUCCUGUCAGCUUGACACCGGUGUGCUGUCUUUUAACAUGAAAAAAGACUCUCGAGUCCCACCGGACACCAGUGGAUCCUCUUCGGUCGCAGGUAAGUGAAACUCACCUGGAAAACGCUGAAUCCAACUGAUUGUUUUUACUCUGCUGCAUAAAACUGAAACUUUAAGGGACAAACUGAAACUGAGUCAGAGGAUUGUAGGCUUUGGAAAUGUGACUCCACAGGUUUGUGAUUUCCCAAUAAUAUAAAAUCCUGCACUUUUAUUCAUUUGAUGCUGAAACGUCUCUAUUUAUCACAAAGAAACAGUGUUUAAAAAUACACUGAGACUUUCCUGCUGCAAUUUGUCUAUUUGUUUAUCUGUUAAAUGUCACUUUUCAACAAUUCACAUUAGAAAUUAAAUAAGCUAAUUGUGUAUUGUGAAUGUAGUAGUAUUAUUAAAGGGGUUGAGUUUAUAUAUAUAUAUAUAUAUUUCUAUUCUACUAAAUGUAAAGACAAAAAUGAUCUCAAGCCAUUCCUGAAACAGAGUCACUCUGUUGUCAGACAUUGUUGCCAAACAAGUUUCUCCACUUUGCAUCCACCUUCAGUACAGGAAGAGGUUGUUCAUCCAUUCAUUCACUAAUGAACCCAAAUAUACACUUCCUGCGAUACAUUCUGUUGCUACAUCAUGUGUCUUUUUGUGUCAUAUAACUUUAAAACUUUUUGACAAGAUGUUCUCCUGAGAUCGCACUGUGCUGAAAGCCUAUUUUAGCCUCAGUCUUCUCCUCUUGCUCACAUUCACUCUUUUCUUUCGUCAGUGUGGAGCAGCCGCCAGGAUGAUCCCAGUGGGUGAAUUCAGAAACCUCGGCAUAGAGCAGACCUCACAGUAUCGGGUCCUGAAACCAUGGUGGGAUGUUUUCUCAGAGUACCUGUGUGUUGCCAUGCUUAUGAUUGGAGUCUUUGGGUGCACCUUGCAGCUCACCCAGGACAAGAUUGCUUGCCUGCCCAGUCCCUUCACCAGCCCAACACCCGAGGUAAUCGACUGCAGCCACAUCCGGACUUACGGGGAGAACGAGACGUGGGAGCACAUGCUGGUCAAACCUGUGAGCCCCAUUGUGCGGGAGGUGUUUGGCCGCAAGAACAAUCUGGACAUCCACCAGUACGUGUUUGUCAACCACUACUGCUACGAGAGAUUUGUGCACUGGUAUGCAAAGUACUUCCCCUACCUUGUCGUGAUCCACACUAUGAUCUUCAUGGUAGCAAGCAGCUUUUGGUUCAAGUUCCCCGGGACAUCCUCUAAAAUUGAACUCUUUGUCACCAUUCUUGGGAAGUGCUUUGAUUCACCUUGGACCACGAGGGCCUUGAGUGAAGUUUCUGAGGAAAGAGGAGAGGAGAAAUUAGUUAGUUGGAGGAGGGAUACCAUGUCAAAAGACUCCACAGAGCGACGAGCAGAGGAGGAGGAGACUGUAGGGCUUCUUCGGUCCUCCUCUGUAAAGUCUAAUCCAGAAAAGAAAAGUCCAGAGCCUCAGUCGGCCGCCUCCGUCUUGGAUAAAAAGGAAGGCGAGCAAGCCAAGGCUCUGUUUGAAAAGGUGAAAAAGUUCAGAACUCAUGUAGAGGAGGCGGACCUCUUGUAUCGCAUGUAUGUGCAACAAACAUCACUUAAAGUCUUCAAGUUUGUUUUAAUCAUUAUCUACACCGCAGCGCUGGUUCCAAACAUCGAGAUAGUGGUGCGCUGUUUGGUUCCUCCUGAACUGACUGGUUUUGAUAUCUAUUGCUGCAACCACAACAAAGCCCAUCUUUUCUCCAAGCUUGCCUACUGCUAUAUCUGCUUUGUGGGAGUGUAUGGACUUCUGUGCAUCUACACCCUCUACUGGCUGUUCCAUCGACCUCUGAAGGAGUACUCCUUCGAGCAAGUCAGACUGGAGACGGGGAUUAACGACAUACCGGAUGUGAAAAAUGACUUUGCGUUCCUCCUGUACCUCGUGGACCAAUAUGAUGCUCUCUACUCUAAAAGAUUUGCCGUCUUUCUCUCUGAGGUCAGCGAGAGCCGUCUCCAUCAGCUCAACCUCAACUAUGAGUGGACCGCCAAAAAGCUGCGUACCCGUCUGGCCAAGAAUACAAAUGACCGGUUGGAGCUCCACCUGUUAAUGUUGCCGGGGCUUCCGGACACAAUCUUUGAGAUUCCUGAGGUGCAAUCACUCAAAUUGGAGCAAGUUAAAAAUGUCACCAUCUCACCCAGUGUGGCGAAGCUAGACUCUCUUCAGGAGUUAUCACUGAUUUACUGCCCUGCAAAGCUCCAGCUGCCUGCCCUGAACCAUCUCAAGGAACAUUUAAAGGUCCUUUGUCUAGCUUUUGAAAGUUUAGAAGAGGUGCCUUUGUGGAUGUACAGCCUGCAUGGGCUAGAAGAGUUACAUCUGAAUGGUCCAUUAUCCAUUGAAGUGUCCCGGAACGCCACUCUGGACUCCCUUCGAGAGCUUAAAGCUCUGAGAGUCCUCACUCUCCGCUCCAACCUCACAAAGAUCCCACCCUCUGUAGCAGAUGUUGCGUCGCAGCUGCAGCGUUUGUGCAUCCAUAACGAAGGCAGCAAGCUCCAAGCUUUCAGCAGCCUGAAGAAGUUAACCAACCUAGUCUCACUGGAGUUAGUGGGCUGUGGUUUGGAGCGCAUCCCGAGUGCUGUCUUCAGCCUGAACAAUCUGCAGGAGUUGGACCUUAAAGAUAACAAACUUACCACUGUGGAGGAGAUUCUUAGUCUACAGCACUGCCGGCGUCUGGUGACACUACGACUGUGGCACAACAAAAUCACGUACAUUCCUGAUCAUAUCAGUAAACUCCAUACCCUGGAGACUCUGGACAUCAGCUGGAACAAGCUACGAAAGCUUCCCUCUCGACUGUUCUACUGCACCAAGCUCAGGCACCUCGAUGUCUCCCACAACCAGCUCACCACACUCCCUCCUGAGGUGGGCAUCCUGCAGAGCCUCCAGUUCUUCUCCGUUGCGUUCAACUCUUUAGAGACACUACCAGAGGAGCUGUUCUCCUGUAAAAGGCUAAAGACGCUGGCUCUCGGAAACAACUGCUUGUCGUAUCUUAGCUCCAGAGUGGCCAACCUGGCUCAGCUGGUCCGCCUGGAGAUUAAAGGGAACCGUCUGGAGUCUUUACCUGAGGAGAUAGGGGACUGUCCCCUGCUGUCUCUCAAUGGGUUGAUAGUAGAGGACAGCCUGCUGAAUCUGCUGCCAUCAGACGUACGCAGCAGGUUGAAUAAUGGGUGAGUUUGCGGAGCGAAGGACAGUCAUUGACUUGUCUUUUAACAGUGCAGCAUGGAAGUGUGACUUGCAUGGAGAAAUGGAAUAUUAACAGAGGAUUAAUCAAUGGCAUUAGGGGGAAUAUUUCAUACAAAAUAGAACAAAAGGGAAACUCUAACCAAAACCAUAGCUGAACACAAAAGGAUAACCAAACACUAACAUAACUAAAAUGUUAAUCUGUGUUGCACUUUUUUUUGAAAAUGUUUUCUAUGCAUUUUCAGAAAGAUACCUUUUUUUUAAAUAGAUAUUUUUGUAUGUUAUCAAGUGACCUGUAAAUAUCUCACAUUUAUUUUUUACAACACUGGAUUUCUAUGUUCAGUAGCUGUUUUACAAGGGAGGACACAUGUGAAGUUUGUCAUCGUCGGUACUCUGUGGAUGAGAUAAGGGCUCAACUCUUUCACAAAAAUAAAACAUGACCUACAAAUUA